AUGGUAGGCAAAAAUGACAUCUGUUACUUCUACCGGGACGGUGUGGGUAACUAUCACUACGGUCCUCAUCAUCCAAUGAAACCCCACAGACUCUCGGCGUGCCAUAACCUUGUGUCAAACUACGGUCUUACUGAAUACAUGAAGUGCAUACAGCCAGCAAUGGCAUCUGCCCAAGACAUGAUGAGGUUCCAUUCCACUGACUACAUUAACUUCUUACAGCGAGUAACUCCGUCCAACGCUGAAGCAUUCGAGAAAUACUUUGUCAAGUUUAACAUCGGAGAAGAUUGGUGAGUGACAAAUUAUAUAAAUAAGCAGAAGUAAACGGAUUUGCAACGAAUAGCUAGUUUUUAUAUCAUACAUAACCUUGUUUCAGUCCAGUAUUCGACGGAGUAUAUGACUUCUGCUCGAUGUACACUGGUGGAUCGUUGGAAGGUGCGAUGAGACUCAACGCCAGAGAUUGUCAAAUUGCUGUGAAUUGGAGCGGAGGACUGCAUCACGCCAAGAAAUGGGAGGCCAGUGGAUUCUGCUAUGUGAACGACAUAGUUAUCGCUAUCACUGAACUGUUGAAAUGGCACACACGGUAAGUAAACCUUUUUAUGACGUCAUAAGCAUUCACAGUUUUAUCUUCAUGAUAGAUAUGUUACCAUAUACUUUAGAGUGUUGUACAUCGACAUUGACAUACAUCACGGUGACGGUGUGGAAGAAGCAUUCCAAUUAACCGACCGUGUCAUGACAGUAUCCUUCCACAAGUACGGUAACUCAUUCUUCCCCGGCACUGGAGACAUGUACGAUAUUGGGUUGGCACGAGGAAGGUAUUACUCCGUCAACGUUCCAAUGCGAGAAGGGAUCGACGACGAAGGGUACCAUCAACUGUUCAAACCAAUCAUCAGCGCUGUCAUGGAGAACUACGAUCCAUCAGCCAUAGUUCUACAGUGUGGGGCGGAUUCCUUGGGCUGCGACCGACUUGGAUGCUUCAAUUUGAGCUUCGACGGUCAUGGGUAAGACAAGAGUAUUUUUUUACAAGACAAAACUGCGUUAAAAAUCUGAUUAUUGUAACCAAAUGGUUUUAGGGAAUGCGUAAAGUAUGUUAAAAGUUUCGGGAAGCCCCUUCUUGUUUUGGGCGGAGGUGGCUAUACUCUCAGAAAUGUAGCGAGGUGCUGGGCCAAUGAAACUGCCAUUCUUGUGGACAAAAGAGAUGACAUCUCAAACGAAAUACCUGAAAACUCCCCAUACCUCGAGUUUUUUGCUCCUGACUUCACGUUAAGGCCCGAGCUGGCCAGAAGAUGCGACAACAUGAACACUAAAGAGGUAGCACACUUGACAUUCCUUACCCAAUAUCUUGGGUUCCUAAUUGUUAAUUACGAUUUAUUUUUUAGUUUAUCCAAGCCAUAAAGUUGGAAAUCUUGGAGAACCUGAAGUUGGUGAAGCACGCUCCAUCUGUUCAAAUGCAACCCGUUCCAGAUGAUUUGUACGACUUUAAGGAUCACGAGAAGGAAACUGAAGAAAACAGAGAUCCUGAUGAAGUCUACGACGACAACGACUACUAA